AUGACUAAUUGUAAGGCAAGAAUGGUAGUAUCUCGUGUUGGCCAAAAGUUCAGAAUCACUGUGAUUGAUAGAGAACAUAAUCACCCACUUCACACAAAAGACACAGUAAGCUUGUUACCAUGUCAGAGAAAUAUAUCAGAAGCUCAAGCCUAUGAAAUGGAUCUUGCAGAAGAAUCUGGACUUGAACCUAGGGAUACUUUUGACUUAAUGAGUACAUAUGCCGGUGGUCCAGAAAAUCUUGGUUAUACAAUGACAGAUGUAAAGACUCACUUGAUGUGCAAAAGGAAGAGACAUAUGAAGUUUGGUGAGGUGGGGUGUCUACUUGAAUACUUUCAAAAACAAAUUAAAGAAAAUCCAGCAUUCUACCAUAAAUAUCAAUUGGACCCUGAUCAACACAUCACUAAUGUUUUUUGGGCCGAUGCUCGCAUGCUAAUAGAUUAUGCACAUUUUGGUGAGGUUGUAUCACUUGAUACAACAUAUAGCACAAAUCAGAAUCAUAGACCCCUUGCACUAUUUUCUGGCUUCAAUCAUCAUAGAAGUGUGGUCAUUUUUGGAGCAGCACUAUUAUAUGAUGAGACAAUUGAGUCUUUUAAAUGGUUGUUAGAAACAUUUUUGGAUGCUCAUAUACAAAAAAAGCCUCAAACUGUGUUUACAGACCAAGAUCAAGCGAUGGCAAGAGCAUUGUGA